UGGAGGGGCCGCCGCUCCGGGAGGGAGAGCCCCUGACCUUCCCUCUGACCCUCGGCUCUCCUUGCCCCAGGGCUGCCUUGCCUUCUGGUUUACGGGGGCGGUGGGGCUGACUCACUGUUGCUGGGCAAACAGGGCUGAGCCCCGUGUGGAAAGCCACUGAAACCGGAGGAAACCAGUCAUGCAAACCCUGACUGUCAGCUGAUGGAGGGCUCCCUGAUAAGCCCUGGGUCCGGCCGGCGUUUGCCCAGACCAGCGCAAGCCUUGGGGGCCUGAGCGGGACACAGCUGUUGCAGCGCAGACCGGCGCGACCCCUCUGUCCCCAUGCUGCAGGGCGCCGAGCUGCACUUCAACGCGGACCACGGCUACCUGGAGGGCCUGGUGCGCGGCUGCAAGGCCGGCCUGCUGACCCGGCAGGACUACGCCAACCUGGCCCAGUGCGAGACCCUGGAGGAUCUAAAAAUUCAUCUCCAGACCACUGAUUAUGGCAACUUCUUGGCUAAUCAAAUGAGUCCUCUUACUGUUUCCAAAAUUGACACUGAGAUGAGAAAAAAGUUAUGUGGAGAAUUUGAGUAUUUCCGGAUUCAUUCCCUGGAGCCCCUGAGCACGUUUUUCACCUACAUGACAUGCAGUUACAUGAUCGACAACGUGAUCCUACUGAUGAACGGGGCACUGCAAAAGAAAUCCGUGAAAGAAAUUCUGGUGAAGUGCCAUCCACUGGGCCGUUUCACAGAAAUGGAAGCCGUCAACAUUGCGGAGACACCUUCCGAUCUCUUUAAUGCCGUUCUGAUCGAAACCCCAUUGGCUCCAUUCUUUCAAGACUGUAUGUCUGAAAAUACUCUAGAUGAACUGAAUAUUGAAUUACUACGCAAUAAACUAUACAAGUCUUACCUCGAGGCAUUCUAUAAAUUCUGUAAGAAUCAUGGUGAUGUCACUGCGGAAAUUAUGUGUCCCAUUCUUGAGUUUGAGGCUGACAGACGUGCUUUCAUCAUCACUCUUAACUCCUUCGGCACCGAAUUGAGCAAAGACGACCGCGAGACCCUCUACCCAACCUGUGGCAAGCUCUAUCCCGAGGGGCUGCGCCUUUUGGCCCAAGUGGAAGACUUCGAACAGAUGAAGAGAGUAGCAGAGCAUUACGGAGUGUACAAGCCUUUGUUUGAGGCUGUGGGUGACGGCAGUGGGGGAAAGACAUUGGAGGAUCUGUUUUAUGAGCAUGAGGUGCAAAUGAACGUGCUAGCCUUCAACAGGCAAUUCCACUAUGGCGUGUUUUAUGCGUACACAAAGCUGAAGGAACAGGAAAUGAGAAACAUCGUGUGGAUCGCAGAAUGCAUUUCACAAAGACAUCGAACUAAAAUUAACAAUUACAUUCCAAUUUUAUAACCCAGUGAGGGGCCUCAAGUGCAGAAAAUCGUACGUGUUAAGAGGAAGUUAUUAAGGAAAAUGAAAGGAAUUGUGUUUUAUUAUCUAGGAUACACCAAAAUAAGCCACACUGCACCUUUGUGAAUUGCAGACUCACUGGAAACACGGUAAUCCAGCCCUGAAAGAAAGUGUUUCUUUUUCUUCCAGCAGCCUUAAAUCUUGUUUCCACAUUUAUAUCUCAUUCUUCUCCUGGCCUUAGACGUUAAUUGUAAUUAACCCUAUGGUACUUUUUCUACUCUCGUUUGGUUAUAUUAAAAAUAGUAUCCAAUAAAUAUUGCUUCUCUUGCUUCUCCACAGGCCCAAAUACUGAGUGUCUGUUUUACAUUUUAGUUGUCUGUUCCUUCCUUAGGUCCACAAAAAUUCAGAGCAGUAUGUAGCCAACACGGUCACGUGUCAUGGGAAAUAUUCUAUUUUUUUUCCUAAUACACUUCAAUCUGGAUACAAGUAGUGUUAAAUUUGUUAUUGAGGUUAUCGCUUACAACCUACUUUCUCACAACGUUCUUUAAAUAAAACGUAUAUCUCUCUUU